UUCUCAUCAAUUUGACGUCACCAGGAUAGAUGAUGAUAUUCUUAAGAAGAUCAACGCAGGUACUUGCGGCACCAAAGAACCAGAUGAAUCCAAAGAACCAGAUGAAUCUCUAAUGGAGGCAUUGAAAGGGAAAAAACUUCUACUUGUUCUAGAUGAUAAGCUUGAACGUUUAGUUAAACACAAGGGUGAUCUGCGCCACAUAGAAGGUAAUGGUGGAGGGAGACCACUGUCAGAGAAAACAACUCCAAUGGUUGAUGAAUCUCAUGUAUAUGGAAGGGAAGCUGAUAAGGAAGCCAUAAUGGAGCCCUUGUUGACACAACACAACACGGAUGGCUCAAAUUUAUGUGCGGUCCCUAUUGUGGACAUGGGCGGGAUUGGUAAAACCACUCUUGCUCAGUUUAUCCACAACAACGAAAGGGUAGAGCAGUGCUUUCAAAUCAAGGCAUGGGUCUGGGCUUCUCAACAAUUUGAUGUUGCCAGGAUUAUUAAGGAUAUUCUUGAUAAGAUCAACGCAAGUACUUGCCGCACCAAAGAACCAGAGGAAUCUCUAAUGGAGGCAGUGAAAGGGGAAAAACUUCUUGUUCUAGAUGACGCGUGGAACAUCGAGUACAAUGAAUGGGAUAAACUACUGCUACCUUUGCGGUAUGUGGAGCAAGGAAGUAAGAUUGUCGUGACAACACGGGAAGAAGAUGUAGCAAGAGUCACGCAAACUGUCAUCCCCUCUCACCGCUUGAAUGGAAUCAGCGAUGAAGAUUACUGGAAGUUGUUUGCAAGGUAUGCAUUUAGUGGUGUAAAUUCUGGAGCAGUCUCACACUUGGAAGCAUUUGGCAGAGAAAUAGUGAGAAAGUGCAAAGGUUUACCGCUGGCUGCGAAAACUCUUGGGGGUCUUUUGCAGUCCGUAGGAGAUGUCAAGCAAUGGGAGAAGAUAUCCAAUAGCAGUAUGUGGGGUUCGUCGAAUGAAAACAUCCCUCCAGCUCUAACAUUGAGCUAUUAUUAUCUCCCUUCACACCUCAAACGUUGUUUUGCUUAUUGUGCAAUAUUUCCCAAGGAUUAUGUAUUCAAGAAGGAUGGAUUAAUCACUGAAUGGAUGGCACAAGGGUUUUUAGUCCAGCCCAGAGGCGUUGAGGAGAUGGAAGAGAUAGGUGAAAAAUACUUUGAUGAUCUUGUCUCCAGGUCACUUUUCCAGCAAUCAACUCGUGAUUCUUUUUUCAGAAUGCAUGACAUCAUAAGUGAUUUAGCUGAAUACGUGUCAGGAGAAUUUUGCUUUAAGCUUGGUAUUAAUGAAUCGGGCUCUGGGUUGGAGGGUGAACAUUCAUGCACGCUUCCAGAAAGGACUCGUUAUUUACCAAUCACUCGAGCAGCCUUGUUUCCACCAUAUACUGGGGCAGGACGUCGGAUAUUUCGUAGCAUUCAUGGAGUCCAUCAUUUGCGCGCCUUGUUUCCACUAUAUAUUUUCGGGGAAGUUGAUAUUGAGACGCUGAAUGACAUCUUGCCAAAUCUAAAGCACUUGCGAAUGCUAUCUUUAUGUCAUCCAAAAGAUACUUCUUCUAAGUUGCUCAAUUCCAUUGGCAACUUAAAACAUUUGCAGCACUUGGACCUUUACGGGACAUCGAUUGAAAGGUUACCUGAAAGUGUGUGCACCUUGUACUAUUUGCAAAGUUUAUUGUUAAGAGAGUGCCGACAUCUCAUGGAGUUGCCAUCCAACAUUUCCAACUUGGUCAACCUACAACAUCUUGAUAUUGAAGGGACAAAUUUGAAAGAGAUGCCACCAAAAAUGGCGAAACUCACAAAGCUUCGAACUUUGCAAUAUUACGUCGUGGGAAAAGAGAGUGGGUCUAGCAUGAAAGAGCUGGGGAAGCUCUCACAUUUAAGGAGAAAAAUUUCUAUUCGGAAUCUCAGAGAGGUUGCAAAUGCUCAAGAUGCUUUGGAUGCCAAUUUGAAGGGUAAGAAGAAGAUUGAGGAGUUGGAGUUGAUAUGGGAUGGCAAUACAGAUGACACACAACAGGAGAGAGAAGUACUUGAGAAAUUGGAGCCUUCUGAAAAUGUGAAACAGCUUGCCAUUAAUGGUUACGGGGGUACAAUGUUUCCAGGCUGGCUUGGAAACUCUUCUUUCUUAAAUAUGGUAGCGUUGACUCUUUCUGGAUGUAAGAACUGCAUGUGCUUACCACAAUUGGGGCAGCUGACAUCACUUGAAGAGCUCCAUAUUGAAGGAUUUGAUGAUGUCGUGGCACUUGGUUCUGAGUUCUAUGGAAGUGACCCUUCGAUGGAGAAGCCAUUUAAAUCCCUAAAAAUAUUAAAGUUUGAGGGGAUGCGAAACUGGCAGGAAUGGAAAACAGAUGUAGCUGGUGCUUUCCCUCAUCUUGCAAAUCUCUUGAUAGCAGGUUGUCCCGAGUUAACAAAUGCCUUGCCUAGUCACCUUCCUUGUUUAUUGAGGCUUGAGAUUCAAGCGUGUCCACAGCUUGUGGUUUCAAUUCCAGAGGCUCCCCUGCUCACCGAAAUCAAUGUAAAAGUCACUCAAACUUUCAUCCCCUCUCAGCGCUGGAAUGCACUAAGCGAUGAAGAUUGCUGGCAGGUUCUUCUGGCAAGGUAUGCAUUUUAGGGGUGCAAAUUCUUGAGCAGCCUCACACUUGGAAACAUUUGGCAGAGAAAGUGCAAAGGUUUUGCACUCUGAAGGAGAUUUCGAGCAGUAUGUGGGGUUUGUCGAAUGAAAACAUCCCUUAAAGUUGAAUUAAGUUACUGAAAAAAUAUUUUUAAACUGUAUAU